AUGGCGCCGAUUUCCGCCGCCCACCAAACAGUGCGAGUCCAAUCAGGCAGGCUUCUCCGAUGUACGCCGAAAGCAGCUGAGCCAUUUCGAAGUCCCAUUGUAGAGGACGCUGAUGAAAAUGGAGGCAAAAGUGAAGCUGUUGCGGAGUCCACUAAUCCAUCACGGCCCACACCUGUUCGGAAACAUCGCUCACAAAAGAGGAGAUCUAGUUUGGCAAUAACACCUUUGAGAAAGGAAGCAGGUGCCACAUUGCCGCGGCGUUCCGCUGCUAUAUCGAUGCGUGACCUAGCACCACCGCUAUUAAAUAUGGAACCUUCUGAGGAUUUCGAUCUUUGUGGUCUUCCCAAGUCUGCUAAGGAGGUAUUUGUUGAGAAGAGGAACAUCAAGCAGUUAUAUGACUGGCAGAAAGAGUGUCUUUCGGACCAUCGACUCCUGCGAGGUUCCAACUGUAUCGUGUCGUUACCUACGGGAGCUGGGAAGACACUCAUUGCAGAAGUUUUAAUGUUACGAGAAGCUAUCGUCAACAAGAGGAGUUCAAUCCUAGUUCUACCGUAUGUUGCGAUUGUGCAGGAAAAGAUUUCUUCACUGUCUAUGUUUGAGGAAACGUUCGGUAUCCGCAUAGAGGAGUACGCGGCCAAUAAGGGUAGAAUCCCACCUAUAAAACGCAGGAAAGAGGUGUCCAUCUACGUGGCAACCAUAGAAAAGGGGAUUCUGUACCAUCGAAUGUUUCAGGCAAAUAGUCUCAUAAACUCUCUGAUAGAAACUGGAGGUUUGGAUCGCGUCGGUCUCGUUGUGAUUGAUGAGCUCCACAUGAUCGGAGAUGGCAGCCGUGGUACCAUAAUUGAACAGCUGCUGUGUAAAUAUUUAACAAAAGGUUUCGGCCAAAUUAUCGGAAUGUCAGCCACACUGUCUAACAUUGGCGAAUUGGCUGGCUUUCUUCGUGCGUAUGUCUAUUCCACCUCGUUCCGUCCGGUUGAGCUCCACGAGUAUGUUCGGAUUGAACAAACGAUGUGGAAAGUAAAGCCUGACGGUGACCUCGAGCACAACGCGGAUUUACCGCCCAAUCGGCUGGCAAAAGCUGAUCCGGAUGGACUGUGUCAGCUGUUGAUUGGAGUCAUUCCGCAGCGUUCGGUUCUCAUUUUUUGUCCGACAAAGAAAAACUGUGAGAGCGUAGCAACCAUGAUAUCGCGAUGUGUUCCUGAGGAUGUGCGUAAGAAAAGACUAGAAGAGAAGAAAAAAGUACUCGAAGCGAUGAAAGAGGACUGCGAAGGGCAGGUGUCAUCAGUGCUGGAAAACACUAUAAUGUCCGGAGUAGCUUAUCAUCACUCGGGACUUACACACGAAGAAAGAAAACACAUUGAAGCGGCUUACAGUGUAAGAGUUAAAUUGCUAUUUCUAGCUUUGAAAUUUUGGAAUUUCUAUUUUUUCGGAGUUGGGAAGCCUGCGAAGUCCCAGGAACUUUGUGCCUUCACUAGACCCAAGAUAGUGGAUCGCUGUCAUUCUUCCCCUAUCAAGUACACGCACAUGUUAGUUUUUCGUAGUAUCAAAGUUUUCGAAUGGUUUUUCUUCAUUCCGGAUGGUAUCAUCUGUGUUUGGGCGCUACUUCAACACUUCGCCGCUGGAGAUGAUACUGCCGCAAGAAGAGUGAUCAUUAGCGUGCAGAAUAACUUUCGCUCAAUGCUGGCCUCUCCAAUGAUGUCUUGCGCGAGCGGUUUGGCACGUUUAGAGUACCUUUCAGCGUUCAUUGUGGACUUAGUCACUUUAAAGGUAGAGAAGUCGGAUUGCACACAAAUCGCGAACUCGCUGGACUCACUCUGUGAGGCACUGACGCAUUCCUUACUGCAUGCUCAAAUUGGAUUUGCUGCGGUCAGAAAUGCUGCCACAGAAGCUAUUAAUAAACUCAAGGAAGAUGGCUUGGUGGUGGAGGACAACGAGGUAUUCAUCGCGUUGUAUUCAGAAGAAAGGGCAGCUAUGCCUUCGAUCAACACUGUGAAAAUUACUGUUUGCAGCGCUAUUCAACUUCCACGGUCCCUAUUAGGAGCUGCAACAUUUGCUGCGAAUCUUUCGCCACUAGAGGCUCAGCGCCUUUCAGUCGAUCUCACAUCAAGCCUUAAUGGUGGAUUGUAUGUGGCUCUAUCCGAUGGUGAGAAAAAACUGCUUUCAUCGUACGGUAUUCCUGAAAGCGUCAUUUUGCAAUAUAUUGUGAAGAAAAAGCGACUGGAGGCCGGAGAGCCUGCAAUGCGUCUUUAUAUUGGUUUGUUCCUGCAAGAGAUUUGGAAACAGCAGCCCCAUGCCACGGUUGCUGAGAGAUUUGGAGUUGACCGGGGCUGGCUACAGAAUACGCUACAGAAUGCAGUUGCACAGGCAGCAGCUAUUGCCAAGUUUUCGGAAAAGAUUCCAUCUUUAUGGCCACUUCGCCUUCUUCUACCGGAAUUGGUACAGCGGCUGUCAGAUUGUGUAGUGGUUGAGCUGACCCCACUGAUGGCAAUUGACUGUGUAAAAAGGGGACGGGCACGACAACUCUACGCCGCAGGAUAUAAGAAUGUAGCCAAAGUGGGA